AUGAUUAAAUUAGGUCGUUCAAAUGUAUUUUAUGCUUGUGAAGGAAAUACAUUUUUACAUCGAUAUAAUCGUGGUCCAACAGAAACUUGGCGUGUACCAUGUAAAGAAUUACAUAAUUCAUAUCCAUUUGUUAAAAAUGAACGUAAUAUUACAACAAGUUUAUGUUUUGAAGAACUUAAAUUUCCUCAUUUAAAUCAAAGUCUAAGUUUAUAUAAAUAUCGAUGCGAAGAAGGUUUACAAAGGACAUUAUAG